AUGUACUGCGUUUUGACAGAAAGAAAGAAUAGAGAAGGUGCUGAGAGGCGUGCCAUCAGAAGACUAUCGUUCAUGGUAGACGGAAGUGCAUUUAUGGAAGAAACCAUCAUGAUAUCAAUAGCGAUAUUUCCGUAG